AUGGCAACACUCAAUGCUUCCUUUGAGUUCACUGUGCAAAGGUGCGAACCUGAACUAGUUGCACCAGCUAAGCCAACACCUCGUGAAAUCAAACAACUUUCUGACAUCGAUCAUCAAAUAUCCCUUCAGUAUCAUGCACCUUUCGUACAAAUUUUUGCCCACAGUCCCUCCAUGCAAGGGGCAGACCCAGCCAAGGUAAUAAGAGAAGCACUUGCGCAGGCAUUAGUGUUUUAUUACCCUUUUGCUGGAAGGAUGAGAGAAGGGCCAGACAAGAAGCUUAUAGUUGAUUGUACAGGGGAGGGUGUGUUGUUCAUUGAAGCUGAAGCUGAUGUUACACUAGAGCAAUUUGGUGACCCAAUUAAGCCUCCGAUCCCAUGCUUCGAUGAGUUGCUUCACAAUGUGCCCGGCUCAGAUGGGAUGCUCAAUAGCCCAUUGUUGCUUUUUCAGGUUACACGCUUGAAAUGUGGAGGUUUUAUAGUUGCCAACCGGUUUAACCAUGCGAUAUGUGAUGGUAUUGGCAUAGUAAAUUUUUUGAUCUGCGUAGGAGAGAUGGCAAGAGGUGCUAAUGCUCCUUCAAUUCUUCCCGUAUGGCAAAGGGAAGUCCUCAAUGCUAGGGAUCCUCCCUGUAUUACAUACACACACAAAGAAUAUGUUGUUGUUGAUGAAGAUCAUGUUCCUGAUGCUAAAGGCAAAGCCCUUGAAUCUGAAAGCUUGGUCCACCGUUCUUUCUAUCUUGGCGCUGAAGAAUUAUCUAACGUUGGAAGAUUGUUUCCUUCUCAUUUGCAACCAUCUACAAAAUUCGAAAUGCUAACUGCUUGCAUCUGGAAAUGCUAUGCCAUAGCAUCAGAGUCACCAAACCCUAAUGAGGAGUUGUUCUUCCAAGUUACUGUCAAUGCAAGAACCAAAUUUAACCCACCAAUUCCAAAAGGGUAUUAUGGAAAUGUGGUGGCAAUGCCAGUAUCUACAACAACUGUUGGUAAUCUUUGUUCAAACUCACUAGGUUAUGCAUUGGAGUUGGUAAGGAAGGCCAAGUUUGAAGUAAAUGAGGAGUACAUGAAAUCGUUGGCUGAUCUAAUAGCGAUCAAGCGUGGUCAGCUUAAAAGCGUGCAGCCUUAUGAGUUGACGGACCUAAGACAUAUUGGCUAUGAUCAAGUGGAUUAUGGGUGGGGUGAGGCUGUGUAUAGUGGGACGCCAAAUGCUUGGCCUUACGAUAACAUCCUUGGUGCAGCAACCUAUUAUGUGCCCUUUAAAACUAAGAAGGGGAGGCUGGUGUUAUGA